CAUGUGAGGUCGAGUUUAUUUGGUCCGGGGAAUUCCAGUGAUACGGUCAAAUCUGGCAGAACCAGGACGACUACCGUGAUGCCACUAGCGUGACUUCAUUGGUACUAUUAAACUCAAAUGUGUACGCUCUCUUUUAAUUUUUGCAAGAACUCGCGAAAAGAUUUGAAGCUCAAGUUCAACUCACAGAAAUUACGCAAAUCGAAGGUACGCACCCGUUUCGAUAGACUAUUAUACUAUCGGUUAGCACAGGGGCUCCCACUCCGCUUAGCCCGGGCCCGGGUCUUUGAAGCUUGGCGAACUUUGACUUCAGCCUAUCCUUUCGGGCUGACGAUAAUUGUCCAUGUUCAGUCUAGGAGCAUAUCGUUCUGGAAAAGCACCAGACUGAGUGGCGUUUUGUGGUAUGGAGCACAUGCUUCUGACCAUUCCAUAUCGUUGCUGCGUUGGCUGUGGGUUGUCAAAUAUUUUCUUUAUCUGGAGGUAAGAGGAACGGGGAACGUGAUUAAAUCAGCUAUUGGCUUUCAUUGCUAUAAAGACCUUUCAGAGGUAAGACAUGGGCCAGAAAUUGCUUGCUCAACCACCGGUUGACCACUCCUCGCUUAUCUCUCGAGUCUUUCUACAUCAUGCGUAUCAACUAUCUUUUUUUCGUUAUCUUGACCCGCGCUGUGCACACGACAUUGGGUGCGACGUAUUACAGGACGAGCCAACUCGCAGGCCAGAGCUUCCUUGACGCGUUUAAUUUCCAAGCCAUCUCGGACCCUACCAACGGCAGAGUGACCUAUGUCGACGAGAGUACCGCCCAAGCGGAUGGACUCGUUUCAGUGGCUAAUAACAAACUCACUCUCCGAGCAGACUAUACUACGCGGCUGUCU